AGUUUUACAUCUCCGAGAGGUUAUUGAAGUCAACUGUUGGCCUAUAUCUGUAUAUAUAUACGGGCCAUUUUCAAAAAAUGAAUUUUCAGUACACCGUCUUAUGCUAUAAUUUUAUUUUUAAUGGAAAAUGCAGUUGAUGAAAUCAUAAUUGGCGUAAAACAACGCAAUCUUGAAUAUAUACUUGAUGUUCAGCGACUUCAUCAAAUACCUUACUAAUGAAAAUCAGGCAUCUAAGAAGGAAAGGAAAAUAUUAAUUUCACUAUGACAAAACAAUAAACAAUGGCGAAUUCUGGGAAUCACCUAAUGGUUGCGGCUUUAGAUUUUGGUACAACGUACUCUGGCUAUUCAUUUUCCCUGAGGGAUGAAUUUGUUAAAGAUCCAUUAAAAAUACAAGCAAACCCUGUAUGGAAGGCUGGAAGUCGACAAUUCAUGUCAAUGAAAACUCCAACGUGCCUUUUAUUAGACGACAAACGAGAGUUUGUAGCCUUCGGGUACGAUGCAGAGAAUCAAUGGGCAGAUUUAUUGUUAGAUGAAGAACAUGAGGAAUACUAUUAUUUUGAACGUUUCAAAAUGAAUCUACAUAAUAAUAAGAAUAUCACAAGUGGCAUGAUGCUAGAAGAUAUAACUGGUACAAAACGACUGACAGCUUUCGAUGUAUUUAAAUUAUCAAUCCAAUAUUUAGUGAACCAUUUGUUAGAUCUUUUGAAAACACGUGGUAAUCUAGUCCGCCACCACGAGGUUCAAUGGGUCCUCACAGUUCCUGCAAUUUGGACGGAUAGAGCUAAGAAGUUUAUGCGGUCUUGUGCUGAAGCAGCUGGUAUACCCACAGACAAUUUGAUCCUUGCGCUUGAACCAGAGACCGCUUCAAUCUUCUGCCAAUACUUAUCCACUGAGAAACUGAAGGGUUCUCAAUCUGGAUUCACCAUGCCAUCGGAGGGGACAGAGUAUAUGGUUGUUGAUCUAGGAGGCGGUACUGCAGACAUAACAGUUCACCGUAAAUCUGCAAAUGGCCAAUUGAAAGAAAAACACAGAGCUAUGGGAAACAAUUGUGGGGGUACGUCGAUUGAUAAAAGGUUCUUAGAACUAUUCGAAGAAAUAGUCGGAGAGACAACGAUGAGUUCAUUAAAGAAAGAAAGCCCUCUUGCGUAUUUGGAUUUAGUAAGAGAGUUUGAAUCCCAGAAACGAACGGUUGAAACAGGCACAAGAAUUAAAUUAACUAUGUCAAUCCCGGUCGUUGCGCUUGAUGAAAAGUGUCAGAAAGUUCAUAAAAAAGACUUUAAGACUCUGUUGGAAUGCUCGCCACAUUCAAAAGACAUAAAACUAGCACAUGACAAAAUUCGAAUUAACGUUGAGUUUUUUAAAAAGUUGUUUACUCCUUCAAUUGACGGUGUUAUAUCUCUUAUGAGGGAGAUUUUUCGAAAUAAGUCAUUAAAGGAGGUCAAACAUGUGUUAAUGGUUGGGGGAUUCUCAGAAUGUCAACUAAUGCAAAGUGCAGUUCGGAAAGCAUUUCCGGAUCAGAGAAUUAUUAUUCCAGAAGAGGCCGGUCUGUCAGUGCUGAAAGGGGCCGUUUUAUUUGGUCAUAAGCCAGAUUAUAUACAGUCACGCGUCAUGCGAUGCAGUUAUGGUGUCAAAACGAAUGUUGCUUGGAAUGAAAAAAAAUAUGACAGAAAACAUUAUGUAGUUAUGGAAGGAGAAGAAAGAUGUGACAACAUUUUUUCUCUUAUUGUCGGGAAAGAUGAGAGUGUUGAAGCAGGCAUGUUAGUUAAAAAAUCUUUCUUUACACCUUACAAACAUCAAGAUAAGAUGGAAAUCAACGUGUAUGUAUCUGAAGAGACAACACCAGGGUACGUGGACGAUGAUAGAUGCUUCUUGCUAUGUACACCGAUAAUUACUUUUUCUGACACUUGUGAGGAGAGGCGUUGGGUAGACGUAGAAUUUGUUCUCGGAAAUACGGAAAUUGACCUCAAGGCUCACGAUAGAAAUUCUGGGGAGGCAAUAUCGGCAAAAUUUAAUCUAAUUUAAUUGUAACGCGGGGAGAUUUUUAGUUUGAUUUAUCAGCUGGAUUGUAAACUUUUCUCAUAAAAUUAGGACUAUC